GUUAAGUCUGAAAAUAUGUGAUGUCUGCCACAGGCUGUGUCUUGUUUCAGAUAUCUGCAGCCUGGGAGGGAGACUAGUCUACUCCUGUCUUUAAUCAACCAGUGGAUUAUAGGGAUAACAAACAGUUGGAAGUUAGCAGCAGGGCUGUCUUGCCCAAUCCCAGCUGUAACUGGAUUCUCUACGUGAGUGAUGGCAUCCAUUUGAUCUUCCCAUGUGAACCAGUCCAGAAAGAAGACCUUGUGCUGCUUUAGUUGUCCUCUUUUGAAGCACAUUCAGAGUAAUGGAAGGGGACAGUGACAUUGUACAUUGUGGAUCAUCAUUUGUGAAAAUUGAAAGGCCUCUACUUGUGGAGAAAAGCAACACCACGUCAGAAGUGUGGAGAUACUUUGGCUUCCAACCUGGGAGCGAUGGUAGACCAGAAAACAUUGAAACUCCAGUCUGCAAAAUCUGUUUCCGUGUUAUCCCAGCAAAGGCUUCAAACACAAGUAAUCUUUAUGCCCAUCUGAAAUCACAGCACCCUCAUAUUUAUAUAGAAGUGAAGGGAAAACCCAACCUGGCGCCACCAACCACGACACCUUCAGCUGGGGAGCCAGGGAGGGAACAGACGGCCACCAUGCGGGAAAUCUUUCAGCGAAAGGAUAAAUUUGAUCCAAAGCCCAGGGAGCACAGGGAGCUGACCAAGGCUGUGACUUACUAUGUCACCAAGGAUAGGAUGCCCCUGAGUACCAUUUCUAAACCUGGCUUUCAGCACCUCUUGAGCAAGUUCAACCCGAGGUAUGAGCUACCAAGCAAGAACUACUUUUCAAGAGUAGCUAUUCCCUCACUUUAUGCAGACGUUCGCAAAGUUGUUGAGAAAGAGUUAAAGAGCGGGGAUUGUUUUGCUGCAACUGUUGAAACAUGGACAAGUAGGAACAAUGAAAUGUACCUGACGUGUGGUGUUCAAUAUGUAGACAAUGAUUGGAUCCUCAAAAACCAUUGCCUGCAGACUCAAUAUUUACCAGAUGAACACACUGGACAGAGUUUGAAGUGUGCCCUUGAAGAUGUGCUGGAGGAAUGGGGGCUAGACCCAACCAACCUUGUAGCCAUCACUACUGACAAUGGACCUGCUAUUAAACAUGCCUGUGAGUUGCUGGGCUGGAAGAGAAUAACUUGCUUCAGCCAGAACCUGCAGUGUUCUCUCCAAAAGGGUCUUGAGGAUUCCCGCAUUGAACGAAUCAUACAGUUGUCCCGUCAAAUAUUCUCUCAAUUUUCACGCAGUUGGAGGAGGAAGCGGGAUUUUUCUAUAGCUCAGAGUCAGAAAGGCCUUCCAAGGAAUUCACUGAAAGCAGAUGUCAGCAACCACUGGGGAACCACUUUGAAUAUGUUGGAGAGACUUCUUGAGCAGCAGGAUGCUGUCAGAGCUGUGUUAGCUCAUGAUCAUAAAAUAUGUCAUCUUGUACCAACAUGGCAGGACAUUGAUGUUCUCGAAUCAAUUAUAAGUGUUUUGCGUCCUUUUCGUGAAAUGACUGAAGCGCUGUCUUCUGAAAAAUUCAUUUCUAUUUCAGCAAUCAAUCCUCUUAUAAAGCACAUUUGCAAUGAUCUUGUGAGAGAGGGACAAGAAGAGUUGACUCUUAGUUUUCUCAUGAAAAUGCGAAUCAAGCGAGACCUUGAAAUGCGAUAUGGAGACCCAGAAUUGGUUCAUUUUCUGGAGAAAGUUACAUUCAUUGAUCCUCGUUUCGGUCCCACUUGUGUAGACAAUCUGGAAAGUGUCCUGCAGCAAAUUAAAGGAGAGGUGCUUGCUGGAAAAAUAUCUGAAGAGCCAUCAUUGUUUCAAAUUGGCUUUGAUGGCUCAACUGUUUCUCCGUUGAGCUCUUGCAGCUGGUAUGAUCGAGAUAGCCCCGGGCCGAGUCAGCCAAAGAAGGCCAAAUAUGGUGGAGGACUUGCCAAGGUGUUUGGAAAGCAGAGUGGAGAUGGAGGUGCAGACAAAAUGGUGACGACUUCAGUGUCACUGCAGGAACAGCUUGACCGAGAACUGGAUUUUUAUUUCAAGGAGCCUAAACUGUCUCUGGAGAGCUGCCCUCUUCAGUGGUGGAAAGCUACUCAGAAUUGUCUGCCUUUAUUGGCAAAGUUAGCCAAAAAGUAUCUCUGCAUUUCUGCAAUGAAUGUAGCAUCAGAGAGAGCAUUUAGCAGUAGUAGUUAUGCACUUACUGAGUAUCGAAGCAACGUGAAGCCAAAGCAUAUGGACCAGCUAGUGUUCUUAGCUGAAAAUCUCCCAUGAGGAUAAGAUUUUUAAGAAGGGUUUUUUUUUAAAUACAAAGAUGAAUUGUGGCAACAAUAAUGGAAUGUUCUAAGGAUUCUCAAAAUUAAAUAUUCCGAUCUGGAAUAUAGAAUAUUUGGUAUAUUUGAUGUUUUCUCUAAGCUGGUGAGCAUGGGGUUAGCCCAGUAAUUGUUAAGAAUUAACCUAUUAUUUCCACAUCAACUUGAAUGGUGAGCUGUUGUGUACAUUUGCCACUUAGCCUUGCUGUCUUACCUUGCCCCCACCCCAGACCCAGAAUUGAUGUCUCAUGCUUCUGUGCUACGCUUUAUUCAGAAUGCUGGCUAAGAACUGAGAAAAUUCUUGCCCCACUGAGGAGUGAGCAGCAAUUGCCUGACAUACAGGCUCUCCAACCUUCUGGAUUGGACUUACACAUUGACCAGCUUGAGCAGACCUAUUGGCUAAUAUCAGUUGCAUGUUUGAUUUUAAAGACAAUAUUGGCAUAUAUUAUGAUCUGCUGUGUAUUUCAUUUUUGGUCUAUAUCGUAUGAUUUUUAUGCAUGCUGAACUAAGCUGGGAAGCACUGCCAAUGAAUCUUUUCAGCUUGCUGGGAAGUCCACACUGACACUCCAUGUGCAUUAAAACAUCAAGCGUAAAGAAUGCGCCACAAAGGGGAUUAGAUAUUAAUUUCAUAUCCCUUCUUACCACUUAGUCUGUUGCUUUGAAUAUUGUAAAAGCAUGUUUGAUAAUGUAAUUUCUGAGGUAUGUGAAUAGAGUUCCUGUAGGUGGAAGAUGGGUACUGGAGUACUUUAGUUUAUGUGGCUGUCCCUCAAUAUUAUGCAGAUCAUUAAAGGCCUGGUGUAUAAUGUACACUUCUUAUCCACUAAUGUUACUGCCUAUAAUACUUUAUAUGGACAUUUGAAUGUUUAUGAUAGAAUACUUCAAAGUAAACAUUCAUGUAAAUUUGAAUGUCAACUUACCUUAGUGAAGAAAACUAAUUAACAUUAUGCCCCCAUGGUUUGUUGAUGAAUCACUCAAAUAAAAAGAAGUAUCUCUUACAGGAACUGAAAUUCCUCAUGUCCAAACAGAAUUUUAAAUGUGAAAGUUAAUUUUUCACUACAUAAUUAUUUGAA